CUGUUUCAGUGUUUCCCGCCAUGGAAGCCAUGGAAUUGGACUCAGAGGACAACCUCCAAAGGAAACAAUGCUUGUACCAAUCCUUGGAUGAGAGCUUUGCGAUACGGAAGGAGAUGUAUAGGGGUCAACAGUACAGCCAGAUAUACUUUGCUCGGCUCCAUUUGAUGAGAACUCUCCUUUACUCCCUCCUUCCUAACUGGAAACCCCAUUUGCCCGUCUGCACGGUUCUGGAACUAGAAGAAGGCAAGGAAUGCAUUAUUGUCGGGACCCUGUACAAGCACAUGAAGCUUAAACCUUCCAUUCUUGAUGAGUACUCUAAGGAGAGAUCUGCAACUCCGCUUGUAAAACCUCAUAACUUUAUGCAUCCAGAUGAUGAUUUGGUUUUGGAAGAUGAGAGUGGAAGAGUUAAACUUGCUGGAACUGUGCUUAUACCUUCAAUAUAUGUGACAGGGAUUGUGGUAGCUGUGCAGGGGAAGGAAACUGUUGGUGGUGAUUUUUUGGUCGAAGAUGUCCUAGAAGCUGGCCUACCUCAUCAGGAAGAGCAGCCACUUGAAUCAGGAGAAGACAAAUAUGUUGUUUUUGUAUCGGGGUUGAGUGUUGGGAGCAGCUCUUCUAACCCUCUCCAAUUUCAGCUUCUUGUUGAUCACAUAACAGGACAUCUGGGAGAUGAGAUGGAACAACGUGUUGCAGCUGAAAUAGUUCAAGUAGUAAUUGCUGGGAAUUCUGUUGAAGUUCCUCAUGGACUUCUCAACGGUCAGAAUUUGGCUUCGAAGGAUCAAUCUAGACUGUCUGAACCAAUUAAAGAGCUGGAUAUCUUAUUGACUCAGAUUGCUGCAAGCGUACCUUUGGAUAUCAUGCCAGGACUCAAUGACCCGGCAAAUUUUGCCUUGCCACAGCAGCCUUUGCAUAGAUGUCUAUUUCCGGGCUCAUCAGCUUAUAACACUUUUAGGUCUUGCACUAAUCCACAUUCUUUUGAGCUUGACAAUAUCAGAUUUCUCGGAACAUCAGGUCAGAACAUUGAUGAUCUUGAGAAGUAUUCAGAUGCAAAAGACAAACUUGAUAUUAUGGAAAGGACAUUGAGGUGGAGGCAUAUAGCACCAACAGCACCAAAUACCCUUGCAUUUUUGUGUGGAUGAACAGCUGAUCAAUCAAUCUGUUAUUACUCUGAUGAGGAGAUAGCAC